CAUUUAUAUGCGCUUGUCGACGACUGCUUCUUCCAAAGCCUUCCUCAUGUAUCAAGCAUUGCUGCUUGAAAAGAUUGCCCUUGAUGCCUGCUUGAGACGACUCCAUCAAUACGCCUUAUUUUUAGUUUGCGAUAUCAGUUGUUCUACAAAUGUUUUUGGCAGCCCGGUAGGAAAUAAUCGAAAUCAUCUUUGAUUAAAGCUGGUAUUUAGAGGAUCAAAAUUAAGUAAACAGAUAAGUUGCAAUGUUUUUUAAACUGCGAUGAUAAAAAUCCUGUAGCCCUUAACGUUUUCGCUUUUUGGGAAAUGUAAAGAAAUUCUGGUCCCAAUGUUCCACAAACCUGUAGUUCACCCACAAUGUGCCGUACGGCGGGGGCUCUGACAGUGACAUAUAUUUUAGGAAUUCAAUACCGUUGAGGGGCGUGGAGUUGGGUGGAGGGUCGAAGCAAAAUUACAUCAGUUCGUUGCAAAAUGGCAGCCGUAAAAUAAAUUUUUUUUGCAAAAAAAAUUAUAUUUUGAUAAAAGGAUAAAAGUGUUGGUGGUUAGUGACAGUAUAAUUUGUGCUAGUGAACCGUUGAAUGUAACGAUGGGAGUGAUUGAUUACUCUGGGCAUUUAGGAAAUGCAGAUGAUGUUAAUUUUGACAUUUUGUAGGUAAUUUUUCUAGCUAGCUAGCUCGAAAGACCUCUUGUGUUGUUUUCAAGGACAAGUUCGACUUGGUUGUUGCAUUAUUAUACUUUUUGAUGGUUUUUCUUUUUUAAGACAGCUAGUCAUGCAGAAAGGCUGGCCAUGAAUAUUAACAAAUGAAAAAGCCUGGAGUAAACCUUUACUAGAAUUUUCUCUUUUUGCCCUGAUUUCAAAUGGAAGGAUUUUUUAGCAACUCUUCCUCCAGUGUUCAAGUUAAAAUGCUUCAUCUUAGAAAUUUAAAAGAUGGGAGUUACAGAGAUAAAUCUACCUAAGAGCAGCCAGUUUACUCUAAUUUUUAUAAUUAUAUAUAGGUCACUUGAAACUCAAGAUGAAAACCAAUUAAACCACUAUGAUGAUGUGGGAAAUACUGCUGUUCAGCAUCAAGCAAGAUGCAAAAGAAAAAGAUUAAAACCCAGAUGCUAUGAUUUUCGGGAGUUUGGAUUAGAUGCAAGAAGACGAGGAUCAAAGCAUCAAAGAAGAAAGCAAAACUUUUGUGAAUUGCUACAAAUGGUAAAUGAAGAAGAACAUUUCAAUACUGAUGAUUGGCUAUCUGAUGAUCACAUGACCGCUUUUGCAGAGCUUUUUAUUGAUGAAGGAAAAAUGAAGGUAUGGGAAUGUUUUAUUAACUUACCAGAAGACAGACAAGAAGAUUAUUUAGCCAGUUUUCAUAACAAGAAACUACUUGUGCAAACAACCCCAGAGGACACUUGCAAUGAUGAUGUAGAAAAAGAUGAAAUCAAUUACCUCCUGAUUGACAAAAAAAUUCGAGACAUGCUGAGAAGCAAAAAGUUAGCAUAUGAUGGGUUGCUAAAAUACUAUGAAGAUGACGUCAUUUCAUGCAUGGAAGACUGGUUUCCAUCCAUUGUUGUAUUGGAAUUGGAAACAGCGUAUGAUCGUAUGCUUGUAUAUGCGCUCUGUCAAUACAUGAAAUUGUCAUGGAAUACCAUCAAGCUACAAGAUACCGUGCUGGUGGAAAUCGAAUUACCAAGUGAGGAUAUGAAACCACCCGAUCAAACACUAACGGAUUACAUAAAAAAUAACAUAUAAAAAUAAACUUCAUAUUUCCAUGUUGUGAUUUUAUUCUUUAGAAUUUCUGAAGUUUGUUUUGCUUUUACUCCAUAAAUGAAAAAUCAUGUGACGUAUCAACUGUUGUCAACCUUUUAAUAUACCAUAAAUGAAAAAUCAUGUGACGAAUCAACUGUUGUCAACCUUUUAAUAUACCAUAAAUGAAAAAUCAUGUGACGAAUCAACUGUUGUCAACCUUUUAAUAUACUUUUAAAUUCUCGUCUAUAUUACACAAAUUAUUUUAUAUUUUAAAUGUUAUCCAAUGUUUUAGUUUAGAUAAGUUUAAUUGUGAAAUAUUUAUCUAAUUAUGUAUAUUUUCCGCUCAAUGGGAUAAAACUUACAGAAAACAGUA